AUGUUUGGCGCAGCGCAGCUCAAGUCGCAAGUGCAGGCGCAGCACCACACCAACCUCUUUAUAGACUUCCUCCUUGAAACGCAAGAAGCGAUUCGUCUGGCUCUUAGAGCCGUGUACCUGAUGUUUCUUUUCCUGCCCGCGAUCGUGACCGGCCCGUUUGCCGACAUGGCUGGGGGGCGGUUCCGACAGCAGUGGCUAGAGCUGGUACAUAAGACGCUAGAAAGCGCGGGAGCGGCGUUCAUAAAGUGGGGUCAGUGGGCGGCGACGCGGCCCGACUUAUUUCCUAAAGACAUGUGCGCCCAGCUGUCGAAGCUGCACACGAAGGCGCCGGCGCAUCCGUUCAAGACGACGCAGCGUAUUGUGGAGCGCGCGUUUGGACGGCGGUUGGAGGAGAUGUUUGAUGAGUUCGACGAGGAACCCGUGGCGUCGGGGAGCAUUGCGCAGGUGCACCGGGCGGUGCUGACGAGCCGCUAUCCGCGCGCGGAGCCGAAGAUGGUGGAGCCGCCGCGCAUGGUGGCGGUGAAGGUGCGCCACCCGGGCGUGCGCGAGGUGAUCCACCGCGACUUCGUCAUCAUGAACUGGGUCGCGCGCGCCACGAGCCUCGUGCCGGGCCUGCAGUGGCUGCGCCUCGAGGACAGCGUGCAGCAGUUCGCAGUCUUCAUGAUGGCGCAGGUGGAUCUGGCCCGUGAGGCGGCCCAGCUGAGUCGAUUCAACUACAAUUUCCGCCGAUGGCGCAGCAUCAGCUUUCCCAAGCCGCUUUACCCGCUCGUGCACCCCGAGGUGCUCGUGGAAACGUUCGAGUCCGGGCAGAGCGUGUCUCGGUACGUGGAUCGGACCGAACCUGGCGGCGUGGUUGGGCCGGAGGGCAAGGGAGCGUGGCUCGCCGCCGAAGCUGAGAAAGCUGCAGCUGAUGCUGCCGCCGCUGCUGCUGCUGCAGGAGUGGCAGGGGGGAGAGUAGGGGGAAGCAAUUCGGAGAGUGGGGUUGAUGACAAGAGAAUAGCAGCAGCCAGCGCAAAGGAAGGCAGGCUGGAGGGCGGGGAGGGCGUUAUAGGAGAAAGGGAAGGGGGAGGGGCAGAGAACGUUGAUGAUGAUCCCAAGGCAAAGAAGAAGCGGCGGUGGUUGGUGCGAGGGCGGCCGUUCAAGCAGUGGUGGGAGAAGCGAGCGGGGAACAAACUCAACAUGGAGCUAGCAGAACUCGGGUCACACACGCUCCUCAAAAUGCUCCUGGUAGACAACUUCAUCCACGCGGAUCUACACCCAGGGAACAUCCUCGUGCGGAUGCAGCGCGGGCAUUUGCCGUCCGCGCCGGAGGAAGGGGUGGGGCUGUCGUUGAGUUCCCACCCGCAUAUUGUGUUGCUGGAUGUGGGUAUGACUGCGGAGUUAGAGCCAAGGUUCCGAGCCAACAUGCUGGAGUUUUUCAAGGCGAUCGCCAUGAGAGAUGGCCGCCAGGCCGCGGCCUGUACCUUGAAGUUUGCGGAUAAACAGAGCUGCGCUGAUCCUGAUGCAUUCAUUCAGGAUGUGGACAACUGGUUCAAGGAGUGGGAUGCCUCUGGCCUUCUCUCCGCCUCUGAAGCCCAGCUCACCAAAACCAUCUCUCCACUGCCCCGAUCCACUCUUUAUCCCCUCCCCACACCUCGUCCGAUCCCCACACCUCGUCCGAUCCCCACACCUCGUCCGAUCCCCACACCUCGCCCGAUCCCCACACCUCGCCCAACCCCACCACCUCGCCUCUCACCAGGAUGUGGACAACUCGUUCAAGGAGUGGGAUGCCACUGCCUUUUCACCACCUCUGAAGCGCAACUCAUGAAAACUAACUCACCACUGCCCCAACCCACUCCCUACACCUCACCUCAUGCCCCGUCAUAA